CAAUAUUUGAGGAAACAAAUCUGUAAUAUAGUUAUGUCGUUUAUACCCGAGUUAUCUGAGCUAAUAACUGAGUUUAUGAACACUAGAGCAUCUAAGAGAUACUGAGACCCAAACCGGAACCAGAACCAGCUGCAGCCCAGAUCAACUUUAGAAGAAAUAUUUGUGUUUAUUAAAGCAACUGAUUGGUCCUACACUGCCACCUAGUGGCUUCAAGUGGAAAAAUCCAAAACGGUUUGUCCUCCAGUCCACAGAUGAACCACUGAAUCCUAGAGGGCAACCCAGGACCUGCAGCCGUCUCAGGAACAUUUCCAACCGUCUCCAGUUUUUCCUUCCAGUAAACGUUCUGGGCCAGGAGGAGUUCCAACAUCAGAAACAAAUUCAGGAGAUAAACAUCCAAACAUCAGCAGCUUGAAGAAAACCAGACCAGCUCCAGUCAGGAUGACUUCCCCAGAGACAGAACCAAAACCAGAACCAGAACCAGGUUUGGUGGACCAGGAGGUACUGUCGGGUUGUUGUUUGAAGGCCCAGUAAUGUCCAACCAGCAGGACAGAAUGUGUCUGCUCCCACAGCAUUACUCAGUCACCACCGUGAAUCACUGCUGACCCACUGGGACUGGUUCCGGUUCUGAUUCUGGGUUCCACAGAACAUCUUUGACUUAUUGGGACCACUGGGAAGGUCCAUUUAGACUUCUGGGUUAUCCAGAAACUCUGGCCCUGGGAAUGUCAGGAAACCGUCUGAGUCCAGUUUGACCCUGCAGAACACUCCAGUACCCUGUUCUGGGUCCUGGUUGGUUCUGUUCUGAACCUAAAAAUUUACUGAUAAACACCCACACGUCAGCUAGCAUGCAGGUACACGUCACACCCCGACAACUACAACCCCGAUUUCAAAAUAAAAGCCUCAGGACCUCAUGCUAACGGAUUCCUGCUUUACUGAAAAUGUUCUGCCGGUUCGACUCAUACAACAAAAACUAUUUCUUCAAUAAAACCAGCUUCAGAUGAACUUUAGGUGUUUUUUGCUUCAAGCAAAGCUUAAUCUAUGAUCAAAACACAAAACGGUAUUACGGGAGCUUUUAUUUCGAAAGUAACGUCAUCUUUGGGCGGAAGCAGUUUUCAUGCAGACUCACUUUUCUUCAGCUAAAAAACUCCCAGGAACUUUCUGUCGGGCGGUACCCUCCGGUCCGGUGCCGAACUGUUCGGUUGUAUGUUGUUGGUUCGGUUCGGAGCACGCGACUGUUUCACAAAAAGAGCGCAGAACCGGAACCAGGUACCCAGCCAAGGUCCCAGUGCUCCCAGUGCUCUGCCAUGAGCAUCCACCCUCGCCGGAUCCGCCUGAAGCCCUGGCUGCUGGCCCAGGUGAACAGCGGCAGGUAUCCGGGUCUGCAGUGGCUCGGUUCGGAGCAGCGGCUCGGUUCGGAGCAGCGGCUCUUUCAGAUCCCAUGGAAACACGCGACCCGCCACACGCCGAUGUCGGAGGAGGAGAACACCAUCUUUAAGGCGUGGGCCGUGGAGACCGGGAAGUACCAGGAGGGUGUGGACGAACCGGACCCGGCCAAGUGGAAGGCGAACCUGCGCUGCGCUCUCAACAAGAGCCGUGAGUUCCGGCUCAGGUUCGACGGAACCAAGGAGACGCCGCUCCGUCCCUACAAGAUCUACGAGGUCUGCGACGGAACCGGCGCUGCAGACGGAGCCGAGGACGACGAUGAGGAGAUGCCGGACCUCACCGAUCUCUCCAUCAACCCUCGCAUCGAGCCCGCCUCUUUUCCGCCCUUCGGGUCGGCCCAGGUGAUCUCGAUGCCGCUGCUGCCCCUGACCUCUGACCUCCAGCCUCGGGGUUCAAUGGCGGACCUGAGAAGCUUCGACCCGGCCGGACUCCAGAACCUGAACCCACUGUCCUCUACUCAGCCAGAAUCCAUGGAGGCCAGCAGCAUGGAGUCCGUCCAGAACCAGUCGGACCAUCAGAACCAGCAGCCCUGCAAGUACGACCUGCUGAGCAGCGUCCCAUUAACAGAUCUGGACCUGAAGUUUUGGUACCGGGGCCGGGCCAUGGGCUCCCUGACGGUCAGCAACCCCCAGGGCUGCCGGCUCUACUACGGCCACCUGGAACCGACGCCGGAGCAGGUGGACCUGUUCGGUCCAGUCAGUCUGCAGCAGGUUCUGUUCCCGGGAACAGUGGAGAUCCAGAACCAGAAGCAGCGAUUCUACACGGACGCUCUGCUGGACGUGAUGGACCGCGGUCUGAUCCUGGAGAUCCAGCAGCAGGACAUCUAUGCCAUCCGCCUCUGUCAGUGCAAGGUAUUCUGGUCUGGCCCGGGAAUGCCAGAACUGGGUCCACCCAACCCCAUGGAGCGGGAGAGGAAGAUCCGGGUGUUCAGCCUGAACGACUUCCUGCAAGGGCUCAUCUCGUUCCAGAAGGGCGAGGCCACCAACCCGCCGCCAUUCGAAGUCUUCUUCUGCUUCGGAGAGGACUGGCCGGACAGGAAGCCCAAAGAGAAGAAGCUCAUCAUGGUCCAGGUGGUUCCGGUGGUGGCCCGGAUCCUGACGGAAAUGUUCUCCGGAGAGCUGGCCUGGUCCACCGACAGCAUCCGGCUGCAGAUCUCCAACCCGGACGUCAAGGACGAGACGGUGGAGCAGUUCAAGGAGCUGCAGCGGCUGCUCCAGAACCAACUGGGUCCAACCGGGCCCUGGGCACCCACCAGCUCUCUAGAGGCCUCUACUCGGUUCUCCAUGGGGACCAGCUGAGACCAGAACCUGGACCAGAACCCUGGGGUUCAACCUCUGCGACAUCACAAAGUGUUGGGUCGUUGGACCAGAACGGUUUUCUGCUUUGCUGUCUAAA